AUGACCUACUACUGUCGCUCUCACCACCUGGUGUGCCCACUGGCUGCCUUAUUAGGUCCUGCUGCGGUGAGUCACGCACAAACAAACAUGGUCCAGACGUGUGACUGCGUGGCGCGUAUAAAGAGCCGCGCGCAGACCCACGCGCGCUCAUCACGUCCACCAGAGAUGGAGAAGUUGCUGCUACUUUGCGUCCUCGCGGUAAUUCUGCCGGUACCGGGCGGCUCUCAGCGUCCUCCUGCGCGCGCACGAGCGGCUCCGUGGCGGCAGCGGCUGGAGUGGCGGAGUCACGGCCGCGUGCACAGCCUGCUGAGCACCGGCACUCAGUACCGACCGGCGGCGCAGUCACGGAGGAGGACGCAGCUGCUGUUGACCACCAAACACGCGGACUCGCCCUCGCAGCCGGUAGAGCCCAACCGCGUGGAGGCGGCGGUUCCGAUGGACCAAGCCUGGACGCGCCGCCGAGCAGCAGCAGCCUUCAGCAGCCAGGAGUUCUCCGGCGGGGAGCGCAGCGCCUCCGGAGACGACGCCGCCGCGCCGACGGAUUUUACGCAGAGACCACCGCGGCUCUUGGAGUCCACGCCCCGACCCACAUCUGGACUUGUCACGGGGUCUGGACCAGCUGUCACGGCGGCUAACACCGAAAUUGAUGUGGGUCGCAUCCAAACUCCGAGUGUGGAGCGCAGACGAACUGGACCAGAACCGGCACCUUCCAGACUGUCCAGCAACGUCAUCGACAUCCAUUACACCCAACAGAGGACCGGUCCGGAAGGGAGCGACUCUCAGGAUCCGCAUAGUCCAUCUAGGAACUCCGUUUUUUAUAACGUCUACCCUCCAGACCGAAGGAACGGAGCCCCUUCAAGACCAGUUCUACCAGGACCGGGCCAUGGCACCAGGUUCUUCUCUCACGGUCUCCCGGACUUGGUCCCCGACCCGUACUACAUCCAAGCUGCGUCUUACAUCCAGAGAGUGCAGAUGUACGCUCUGCGCUGUGCUGCCGAGGAGAACUGCCUGUCCAGGUCGGCCUACCAGCCAGGCGUGAGCGAGCUGGACUACAGGGUUCUCCUGAGGUUCCCCCAGCGUGUGAAGAACCAAGGAACUGCAGACUUCCUCCCCAUGAAGCCCAGACACCAGUGGGAGUGGCACAGCUGUCAUCAGCACUACCACAGCAUGGAGGCCUUCAGCAACUACGAGCUGCUGGAUCCCUCCACCGGACGCAAAGUGUCCGAGGGACACAAGGCCAGUUUCUGCCUGGAGGACACGUCAUGUGACCGCGGCGUACGAAGACGCUUUGCGUGCACCGCUCACACACAGGGUCUUAGUCCUAGUUGCUACGAUACCUACCACGCCAACAUCGACUGCCAGUGGAUCGACAUCACCGACGUGCCACCGGGGAACUACACACUGCAGGUGACAGUGAACCCAAAUCAGCUGGUUCAGGAGUCAGAUUUCUCCAACAACGUGGCCCAGUGUGACAUCCGGUACACAGGAAACCAUGUGCAAGCCAGCAACUGCAAAGUUACCAAGUAA